AUGGCCGUCUCCUACGUGGACAAGUUGCUGGCCCGCCCAGAGCCCCGGUUCCCACGUCUAGACAUCAAGCCGGACAACAUCCUGCUGGACGAGCACGGGCACGUCCACAUCACGGACUUCAACAUCGCCACCGUGGUGCAGGGGGCGGAGAAGGCCUCCUCCAUGGCCGGCACCAAGCCCUACAUGGCCCCGGAGGUGUUCCAGGUCUACGUGGACGGAGGCCCCGGGUACUCCUACCCCGUCGACUGGUGGUCCCUGGGCGUCACGGCCUACGAGCUGCUGCGGGGCUGGAGGCCGUACGAGAUCCACUCGGCCACACCCGUCACUGAGAUCCUCAACAUGUUCCAGGCGGAGCGUGUGCACUACUCCUCCACGUGGUGCAAGGGGAUGGUCGCCCUGCUGAGGAAGCUCCUGACCAAGGACCCCGAGAGCCGCCUGUCCAGCCUCGGCGACCUGCAGAGCACACCCUACCUGGCCGACACGAACUGGGACGCGGUGUUCGAGAAGGCGCUGACCCCCAGCUUUGUGCCCAAUAAAGGGAGAUUGAAUUGUGAUCCCACGUUUGAACUUGAAGAAAUGAUUCUCGAAUCCAAGCCGCUUCACAAAAAGAAGAAGCGGUUGGCAAAGAACAGGUCCAAAGACGGCACGAAGGACAGCUGUCCGCUGAACGGACACCUGCAGCAGUGCCUGGAGACCGUGCGGAAGGAAUUCAUCAUAUUCAACAGAGAGAAGUAAGUCCCCCCUCUCCCCCACAGCUGCCGC